UUAUUAUAAAGAAAAUCUAGUUUCUAAGUUUAAUUUGCGUUGCAUAUUUUCUAUUCAUAAGAUUAGUUAUUAAUCUGUUGUUGAUGAACAUUGGGAUAUUUAUGAACUGUGUUAUCAAUUUGUGUUUGUUGUUCUUGUACAAAUAGAUAAAAUUGUUUUAAAUAUGACGGAUAGUAAAGCUCUUGUGAUGGCGACAGCUAGCGCAAUGAUGGAUAAGUCGAAAGAACUGCAAAAAGAGAUUUUAAUGGAGAAACUGAGAUCCAAGACAUCACAAAAUAAAAAUUUAAGUGAAACUUCCAAAGCUGUUCGUAUGGCCAUGCUGGAUAAAAGAUGGGCAGUAGACAGUGCUGAUCGUAUGAUUCUACAAAAAUGCCUUGACAGCUUACAGCAUUGCAUCAAAGUUAGCUCACUGCAGAGUCUCAUUGAGAGGUUGGAGUGCCUGUCAAGACAAUUGGGGUUAAAAUUUGUAGUGGGGACUUCAGGUGUCAAUUUAUUCAUAUCAUCCGAUAUGUUUUAUUUGGAAAUAUUAGUUGAAUCCUCGGGUAAUGUGAAAGAUGUUAAAAUUCAUCAUGAGGGCAAGAUAGAGCAACAAAGCUGUGAAGAAUUAGUGCAAUGUAUAUCACGAGGGGAUUUUGCAGAUUUCACUGCACAACUGGAGGGCCUUACUGCUGUAUACCAGUUGAAUGCUGAGAAAAAAGUAAAAUGCAAAGCAUUCAGUGCACUACAAAGUUUGGAGGAAGAUUUAUGUACACUAAGACAGUUGCAAAGUUUCAUCAAGGACCCCUGGGCUCAGGUCCAUAAAAGUCCUAUAGGAUUCCUACAAAAGAGGAGAGGGGGUCAUGCAUUACGUCUAACAUACUUCGUAUCACCAUAUGAAUUAUUGGACAAGGACAAAGGUCUUCAACCUCUGACAGUGGAGUUACUAACAUUAGGAAAGCCAUCAGGCUCAAGCGGGCUAGCAUCGCUUGUGGCGCCCUCUCAUACGCCGAUAGGACAUUCAGCGACGGUUCUUCUAGAAGGAUCUACAGCGAACAAGCUUCAACUGUCGCCUAUCAUAUCCAGUGCUCAGAGGCCUGGGAAAGGAAAUGGCCCAGUUUACUCCCAGUUGAUGCCACAGAAUAGUGCGAUGUUACCAGCCUGUUACACUCUCAAACUUUCCCAACCCACGCCUUUAUGUGCGGGUCUUGCCAAACUCAUUCAUGCAACAACUGAGGUUGAAGUGGCUGGUGAUUGGGCCAACGCUAAACCAAUGUUGGGCCUGGUUGCCCAACAAGCAUAUAACAAACUUGCUCCUGGCAAAAUAGUCGAGUUGAAUCUCAGCAAAGGUCUUUUUGUGAAUCUUCCCGAGCAGUGGCAAUGCUAUUUCCUGUGCGAAACGCGGCGACUUGACGGCUGCGUGGUUAACAGUGUUCCGUUCACUCACUCGUCGCACGUGCCUCCAUUGCUAGCUGCCUUGCGACAGCAGGCCCUUUUCAACGCACUCAUCGCUAGUUGUGUACGAUUGCAAACCAAGCAAGUAAUGGAGCUAGAAACUGUUCUAAUGUUCGAAGUGAGUGCGCUAUCUUGGCAGCACAUAUCAAUAACCUUAGAACAUCCAUUGGACGAAAGCAUGGCUACCGUGGAAUUGGAACUGGCUGAUCCGGCGGCACCUCGCGCUUCGGUGUACGCCCUCAACACUCCCCCGAGAGAUCACAUUGAUGACUAUAUUACCAAGGUCUUACAGAAGAGUCACUCCAUACCUAUCACCCUUAGGUCUCUCGUCAAAAUCUGGGAGCGAGAAGCGGCAACAAAGCAGUUGAAUGGCAGCUACUCAGCUUUGGAGUCAAAUUUUAGCUGCGGUAUGGGGGGCAUCGACCCCGGGGGUGACGUAAAACAAGAACCAACAAAUGUCAGCCAUCCGCACCAAGGCGGUUCCUACCUAUCCGAGCAACAACACCAUCUCACAAUGCUGUGCCAGGAUUCUAAUACAAGCGAUUCAAAACCGCAGGGUUCCGAAGAGCGUAAGUCAAAAAAGCGGAAAUCAGACACUUGUCUGUGGCCAUCAGCCCAAAAGAAGGGUAAACCGGGAAUGAACGCAUUGAUGGACUCAGACAGUGAAAGUGAUAAUUCUGACGGCUACGUUAACGAAGAUGAAAAUACCAUGAACAGCAACUCGACAAACGACGAUGUGGAGAUGGAGGGUCGGGAGUCCUCGGUUUCGCAAAAUGAGUUCGCUUCGGAUUUAGAACUUUCUGGAAUGGAUGCACAAGAUGCGCUCGGUGGGCAGGACAACAGAACAUCGUCAGAUAUGGACAAUUCAAACGAUGGGGACGUGGAAGAUUUAAUCAGGAAUUCUUUUCACAAGUCUGAGCACAAAAGGCAAAAAUUGAAAACUAAGGAGUCCGAACCGCGGACCAGAAGCACAUCAUCGUUACUUCUAGAUCUUACAGAUGGAAAAUCCUACAUGCCAUCGUCUGUGAGCAUUACUCCGAUAGGAACUGGUUCCUCUAAUCCACCUAAUUCUGUACCUGGAUCUAAUAUAUCGUCGAUGCUAUGUCUCGAUAGAAGACCUGGCAUAGAAAUAAUACCUAUCACGGCUGCUGCGCCAGCCGCCUUGCCCAGUUCUAUAACUAUUACGCCCAUAACGUCCUCCCAGGUAAAGUCCAUGGACGAUCGUAUAAGAUCUGAUAAAAAAUCAAGCAGAUCAGGUGAAGAGCGUAGCAAGGAGAAAAAGAAAAAGCGACGGAGGGAUGACUCCAUGGGCCCACCGGAAAAGAUUCCUCCUAAGCAAGAUCCGCUAACUAAACCUGUGUCUGUAAGUAUUAAACCUACGGAUGGAUCUCCGAUGCGCUCAUCAUCUCCGAACUCAAUUUUACGAAAAUUUAGCCCAAGCCCUACUCACGGCAGGUCUGUAUCAAUUACGAAAUCUCCAAGCCCAAGUAGUGUUAAAAGCAUAGGUAAAUCUUCAGGAACAUCCAGUCACCACAGUAGUCCUAGACAUUCACCGGUUCCAAAUAGCCCAAAACAUCUUCCUGGAUACUCGAGUCCAAAAAACCACAGUAUCUCUUCACCAAAACAUAGUUCCUCUAGCUCAGGUAAGCCAAGUAUGUCUACAUUAAAGUCGGCAACUAGUGGAUCCCCAUCCGGUAAAUCCGGCACGACUGGGUAUGAUCUAACUAAAAAGAUAUCUAAAGACAGUUAUGGGUCGAGCUCAGUUCCUUCGAGGGAUAAGGAAAAGAAACAUUCCAGUUUGUCUUUUUCUAGUUCAGAUAGGAGCAGUCCUAAGUUAAAAAACCCAAUCAAAUUAAAACAAUUAGAAAUCACUCCAGUCACUUGUGAUAGUCCCGUGACUGAACCAUUAAUAUCUCCACCAAAUAUUGAAGUGAAUAAGUCAAAUGCUCCCAGUCAAGCUCGUAACCGUAAAGGCUCCCUCAGUGCUGUAAUAGAUAAAUUAAAAUCUGCUCAACAUUGUGGUACAGAUUCAGAACUAACUGUAAAAUCUACUCCCUCGAGCAGCAAUAGUAAAUUUUCAGAUCCAAAAACCAGCGCAACAAGUAGUAACUUAAAGCUAGGUGACAGUAAAAAUCAAGAGUACAUGGUUAAACCUAGCUUAGAUGGUAUGAAAAUAACUAUUAAUAAAACAAGAUCCAAAGAGUCAUCCUCAAGCAGUAGUUCAAAAUUAAAUUAUUCCAGCUCUGGUUCUAGUAAACAGUCAUCACCUCAACUAACUCCUCCAAGUCAGGGUUCUCCUAAAACACAUACUGGCUUAAAACCAGGCGUAAUAAGUGGGCCAGCAUCCAAAAAAACCCAAGUUAUGCAAUCUUCCAAAUCUGCUAGCCUAAAUGCUGUUUCAGCCGCAUCUAAAGCAAACAUGAGUCCGUCAGAUCAGUCUGUUCCAAAAGUGCCUUAUUCUAAAUCAUCUAGUAGCAGUUCCGCUGGUAUUAAUUUAUCUAAGUCAGUGUCUAAAUCCUCAGGCUCCCCCAAAAGCAGCAGUUCAGAUCUUGCAAAAAUUAUCAGAGAAAGGGACCGUGAAAAGGCUAGGACUAAGAUAAUGAGCAAUACUGACAAAUCAAUUUUUUCAUCUAAAUCAGAGCGACAUUCUAGUCCUAGUAGCUCAAGAGAUGAGGUUGACGGAGAUCGAUACAAAGGUUCAGCUAAAGAUGCUAGCUUUUUAGUCGAAGGCCUAAUUAAGCCUCUGGAUACCAGUAAAUUCCAAAUACCUAAAUUAAAAAAUCAAAAUACUCCUGAUAAAAAUAGCCCAGUAUCCCAGUAUGAUAGUCGAUCUAUGGUUAACGAUUUUACUAGGUCUAUGGAUCAAAAUAAAUAUUCUUUUUCCCACUUUGAUAAUCCAAACAGAAAUGUGGAUGCUAUGCAAAAAUCUGCAUAUCCUCUUAAUGUACCAAAACCAUUAUUAAAUAUUGGAGGCGUAAGUCCAAAAACGAUUCCUCCAAGCAAAAGCGAUCAAUCUGAAUAUUCAAAGGUUUUAUCUGAUAAUAUUGGAAAAAGUGAGAGCCCUUUACGGACUAAAGACGAUUCCAAAGAGAGCUAUUCUGGGUCGUAUCCUCUUAUGCCACUAGAUUUUAAAACUGAGAUGGCCAAAGGAUUCGCUGCACCGAAAGGAAGUUCCGAAGAUAGAAAAGGUGCCGAUUCGUGCAUGAAACCUCCAGCAAGCGGAUCAAUUGCGCGUAGCGGGGCCACAACUCCUCAAGAGGCAGCCGAAAUGCUACUCGAUUUUUCAUCUUCAUCCGGUAGUAAAGUGUCUGGUAUGGUGGCCGUAAGAUCGGUUUACCCUGCUUCCCCAGCCCUUUUGCAAUUGGCUAAAAGUCCUGCACCUUCACCCUUAGUUGCGCCUUCGCCUCAUUCUAAUUCACCUUGUAUUACGGAUGAUGAACUUAUUGAUGAAACAAUGGUUGGUCCCGGGAAAUAAAAAUAACGUAAAGCUUGUGUUUCGUGACAAAAAUUACGCGGAAGUAUUACAUUGAAUAUUCCGACUUUUUUUGAUCUUUUGACCACCGAAUUUAGACAGCGAAAAGUCCGAAGAAAAUUUACCUUACCGUGUUAUUGGAUGUUAUGCGGCUCAAUUACAUUUUAAUUUGCAAACAUUUCAUAUAAAAUAUCCAAAUCCGUCCAUCUGAGAUAUUGUUUUUGUAAAAGUGUAACUAUUUUUACACAAGACCUUCAUAACUUUCCCUAAAAAAGAAAACUUGAAAUAUUUAUGUUUUUUUUAUCCUAAUGAGUUGUAUAAAAGAGAUACGACUGAUUAUGAAUGUAAAUUAAUUGUAGAAGAGAAACACUAGCCUUUCAAAACAUUGUAUAUAUAAUACUUAGAUAUAUUUAAAGCUAAUCAUAAAUUACGGGAGCAACUUCAUGUAGCAGUUUUUAUUAAUCCCUUUCAAAUUAUUAUAGAUAAUAGAGCAUUCAUGUAUAUAAUAAUACUGUAUUAAUAUACCGAGCUUCACAAUACUUUACUGUCACAAUUUUAAUAAUAUCAAACUAAAAUGUAAAGUUAUAAUUUUAACUGGCGAUUUUUAACAAUAUUGUUAAAGCAUUAUUACUCUGUAAAUUAUUUAUUUAUUUGAAGAGACAGUUUACGAAUACUCAUUUAGGAACUAGAAUAUACGUUACAUAAGAAUUAAAAAGAUCGCUAUUAAAGGUAACCCAUUCCAAUGGUAGCGAUUUUUUUGUAACCUUACGUAGAAAUCCUUAAAGAUGUGUUUCCUUUUAGAGAGUGUAUUAUGAUUAUUUACAUUUUAAGGGGCUGUUAUCGCCUAAUAACUCUUCCACCAUUUUUUUGGCUGGAAUCGAUACUGGACUUUGAUAUUUUUGUACUAGUAGAGCUUCCUAUGACCGGCUCACCCGGAGAAGUACUACCGCCAUGUUUUUUCUGCUGCCAAGCCCCUUUGCCGUGUUCCGGUAUAAAAGCGCUGUUGCCUGUGAGAACCGCACUUUGUAGAAGUUAUUCCUUGCAUUUCCAAAAAAAUCUAAAUUCAAAAAUUAAGUGUUGCUUUGUAUAUACGCAAUGGUUUUCCAUUUAGAUUGAUCUGUCGACCAUUCACGACGACUAAAAGUAAAACUUUGAUAGCUAAUAUAUCGGAAACAUGACAAACCAAGAGAUUUUUACUCAUGAAAUACUUAUUCUUAUUGAUACUAGCUGUUGGUAUAACCUUAUAUACUUACUCCGAUAUUGAAUAAAAUAAGAAAUAAAAAUGACAGAGUAGCCAGGCAGCAUACUAAAAUAAUCAAACCACUUAUAAGUUCUGCAGAUAUAAACGCAAACAUUUUAAUUGUGUGAUUAAGGUAAUAUAAUUUCAUGACACAAUAAUCAAGUUCCCUUCAGUGGAAUCGAAUUAAUAUCAACUGUUUUUUUUUUUCGAAAUAAAUACAACCUAGCCUAACCUUUUUUAUUAUUAAGUGUGGUAAAUGUUUCGUCAACAUAUUUUCCCUGUUUCUCAUUCUAUUCUAUUUAAUCACAAUUUCGAGGUUGUCAAUUAACAUUUCUUACUGACCUUUAAAAUUAACUUAAUUUCUAAUAAUAAUCACAACAAAGAAGUAUUGUUGUGUAUGGCAUAAUAAUAUAUUUACAUAAAUUAUAACUUAUUUUUAAUUGUUUAAGCUUACUUGUAUGCGCAAUCAUUAUUUAUAUAGUUAUGUUUUACAUAUUAUAAACUAUUAUUAAAAACUAUGUUCUAAAAAAGCAACGUAACUGACAAACUGCCAUGGAAAUAAUACAAUUGUUGUAAGAAUUCUUUGUGUUCUUAAGUAAAAUACUAAAAAAGUAAUAAUCAGUUAAUUGUGGGUGGAUGUAAAUAAAUAUUUAAGUAGAUAUUAGUACACAAAUCUGAUCAAUGAAUUGAUAAAGCAUUUUAAAACAUGCAAAUACGAGGUAAUUAAGGUUUUACUAAUAAAUGUAUUUGGAGCCAUA